AUGUGGUGCUUCGACGUCGACGCGCGCGUCGAACGAGGCGGCGAUGUCACGUCGCAGACGCUGAAACACUGCGCGAUGGAGCGGCCGCGAAAAGAGGAAGAGACGACGCGGGACGCGAAGACGGGACGGUUUGAAUUCGGAAAGAUGAGCGACGCGAACGACGCGGCGACGCCGGGAAGAGCGUUCGCGCUUCGGUUUGGAAGCGGGAAAACGACGCACGAGGCGAAGAUAGGGGACGUGAAGGCGAUAUUUGGGAAGUUUGUGCGAGAGGGGAAGAUGACGGUGGAGACGAAGGACGGGACGCGGGUGCUCGUCAGAGGGUCGCCGGGGGAGUGCGCGAGGUUGAUGAAGACGCUGACGACGAUGAAAUCGCAGCCGACGGAGGCGAGACAGGCGUAUUUGAGGGGAUUGCAACGAUGUGCGACGUGCGCGGGGAAGUGCGAGGCGAAUGAAAGGAAAAUGGCGGAGCGUCAGGAUAAGGCCGCGGCCGCGGCGGCGGCCGCGGCGGAGGCGAGCGCGGAGAAGAGGCGUCGACGAGAGACGGAGGAGGUUGAGCGACGCGCGGCGAAGGAAUCCAAGUUGGAGGACCAGCUUCGCGCGCUGGAGGAGAAAAAGUUAAAGGUGGAAUCCACGAAGGCGGAAAUCGCGUCGCUGAAGAUUGAUAUCGAGGGUGAACGCGACGCGUUGCGACGAGAGAAGGAAUCCAUCGUUCAACGUCGGCGAGAGCUCGAAGACGAGCGUCGAUUACUCGAGCGCCAAUCGAGCGAAGCUGCGGAGGAGAGAGCGAAAAUGGAGAGCCAACGUAAACUGGCUGAGAUUGAAGGGCAACGGUUGGCGGAAGAGAAGGCUCGAAACGUCGACCGCGCGCGGGAACUCGCGGAGGAGAAGGAGCGCAUCGCCAAGCUCGAGCGAGAGCUCGAGGAAGAUCGCGAACGUCUGGCGUUCAUGCAAAAGCAUCAAAAGAACGACGAGUUGCAAGCGCAACGCGUGCGCGAAGAGGCUUCUCGACGCGCGCAAGCUCGAGCGCAGGAAGCUCAAAAGCGCAAGGGAAAACCCGAGGCGAUGUCCCCCGGGAGCUUCUACGGCAAAAAGAAGGCGAAGAUAGUCAUCGACGACGACGACGACUCUGACGAUUCUAGCGCUGAGAAGGAAAAUGAAAAGGCCACGAACGAGGCUGAGGAUGCGCGCCGAAAGGAACGCAUCGCGAAACUUCGAAAGGCUGAACUCGAGAGGCAGCUCAAAGAAAAGCUUGCGAGGGAAGAGCUCGGUCGCAGACAAGCCGAGGCGCAGCAAAAGAAGGAGGCGGCGCGGCGAGCGCAGAUGGAUUCAAAACUUGAGCGCGAGCGAAAAGCGCGACAAGAAGAAGAGGCUCGUUCGCACCAAAAAUGGAAGUCGCAACAAGCAGAGCAAAUUCGCAAAAAUUCUCGAGCCAACUCGGUGCCAACGGCGACGAAAGCGAUGUGGGAAUCACAUCUGACAUCGCUCGAAAAUCUCAAGUCGCGCGCGGUGGGAUCGCUGUGCGAAACCGACAUUCCUUGGCCACCGGCGCACAACAUCGCUUUCUUCGCCGGUGCUGAUGGCUUGCAUGAGAAGAAGAAAAAAGUGACCAAGGCGACGCUGUCGUGGCACCCCGAUAAGUUUGAGCAAAAGUACGGCAAGUUACUGAAAGAAAGCGAAGCGCAAAAGAUUAGAACGCGCGUCGCCGCACUGUCCUCCCAGUUCAUCGAGCUGAGGCAAGCAUUGAACGCGAUGUAG